AUAAAUAGACAGAUGAAGCAAAAGUCUCGGCAGAUCAAUGUAUGUUCUAUCCCCUCACCAUUAGGUACUAAGGAACCGGGCUUGGACGGCCCAAUGGUUUUGAACAUAUUGGGCAUUGGGCCACAGAGAAUUGAUUGGAUGAAGAACAAAGAAUUAUUUAUUCAGCGCUGUCAUCGCCCUUGGCAGCGACCAGCGAGAUGUCAGGUGCGAUCGAAGACGUCAGAGUCCAAGAUAUCAGCGCCAUCAACUCCCAAUCCGGCAUCAGGAUCACAACUGCAGUGGGAACGGGAGCAUUUGUGAAGAGCAUCCAUGCCAGAAGAAUGGCAAUGCACACAAUGAAGUAUGUGUUCUGGAUGUCAGGAAAUUAUACCUCACGUCCAGAUAGUGAUUAUGGCCCGAAAGCACUUCCAGUCAUCCAGGCGAUAAAUUACCGAGACAUGACUGCAGAAAACGUUGCAAUUGCAGCAGAUCUCCGAGGAAUAGAGGGCGAUGCCUUCACCGGGAUAUGCAUUUCUAAUGUGAGUAUUAUUGGCAUAUCAAGCAGCUCAAAGACAAUGCCAUGGAACUGCAGUAACAUUAAGGAGAAGGUGUUGUUACAAGCAGUGUGA